UUUGAAGUGAUUGGGCAUUCUUUGGAGAAUGACGAGAAGUUAAAUACACUGAGGACAUUGCUAAAUGACAGUUCCUUCCUGAAUAUUCCGAAUAUGCAUUUAUCGGGAGACCUCGUGAAGAUAUAUUUUGCCGCAAAUAUAACUUCCAAUAAAAUCCCAAUAAAAGAAUUGGCAGAACUCUUCAAUAUUUCAAAUUCCGAUCAACAGUUAACACUCCAAGCUGGAAAUACUCAACUUAUAUUUCAUUAUAACAACAAUAUGGAAACUAUUAAAUCUGAGUUAAUUCGUCAACAAACUCUCGAAAUUAGUAAAAUAAUUUGGGAAGAUGAAGUAGAACGUGCACGUUACGGUGCAAUUACUCGGCAUUCGUGGACCGAAUCGGAAUUGUUACAGUUGAGUUCAGAAGGUUUCAUAAGUGGUUAUGAGCUUAAAUUUCGUCCAGGUAAAUCAGUGCCUAUUCUUACAAACACUUAUUUAUGGACAUUUCAAAGGGUAGCUGCAUGA